AUGGACGCCUCCUCCCUCCGCAUCUCCAAGUUCGAUGGAACUAACUUCCACGCCUGGAAGUUCAAGAUGCAGAUGGUGCUGGAGGAACGGGACCUAUGGGAGGUCGUCAGCGGUGAGAUCAAGGCGGAACAGUGCGAGACUCAGUUGGACCAAGCGACGUACAAGAGGAAGUCAAGAAAGGCGAUGGCAGUGAUCUGUCUAGCCAUGGAAGAUUCCCAGCUACCGUUGGUCCGGUCGGCAAGUGGUGCAUGCGACGCAUGGUCAAGGUUGGAAGACCACUUCGAGAAGAAGAGUCUUGCCAACAAGCUGUUCUUGCGCCGUCGCUUCUUCACGACAAUGAUGGAAGAAGGCGACGAUGUGCUCGAACACAUCAACAAGCUCAAGACGCUGGCGGAACAGCUAGAAGCGGUGGGGGCUCCAGUCUGCGAGGACGAUCUGGUGAUCACACUCCUCGGCAGCCUGAGUGACUCGUAUCAAUUCUUGAUCACAGCUUUGGAGUCGCGCUCAGACACUCUUAGCUGGGAGCUCGUGACGUCUCGACUGCUUCAUGAAGAAAUGAAGCGGAAGGAGCAAGGAAGUAAAGGUGAUGAAGCUUCGCAAGGUCAAGCGUUCAUCACAAGGGACAAUCAGCGCAAAGGGCGACCAGUGAAGAAGUCCUGGCCGUGCCACAAUUGCGGAAAGAUUGGUCACUGGAUGGCGGAGUGCCCCUCGCGCAUCCAAGAAAACACGGAGAGACACCGGCCACAGCGUGCUCAAGACAGCGGCGACCGCUAUCGAUCACAACGUGCAAACGUCGCUCAAGAAGAAGACUCGGGCGACUACCUCUUUUCGAUCGGUGAAACGACAUCUGCGAAAUCGAGCGACAUCUGGCUGGUCGACUCAGGGGCGACGCAGCACAUGACGUGCUCCAAGAAGUUCAUGCGGAACUACAAGGGGUUUGACGCUGUGGAUGUCCAUCUCGCGGAUGAUGGAAUCGUCCAAGCAAUCGGCAGUGGGGACAUUGUCAUGUCGAUGAAGACACCCCAAGGGAUGAAGAAAGGUGUGCUCACAAACGUGUGGCACAUCCCAAAGUUAUCCAGAAACCUGUUCUCGGUCGGCCGCUUCACCAAGGAUGUCGGCCCAGUGACGUUCACGAAGGAUGGGUGCUAUGGAGAAGCGAAAGGGACCAAGUGGAAAAUUGGUGCCCGUGAAGGUAAAGGACUGUUCAAGCUGCAAAUGACUCCAGUGGCGCCGGAACAAGCAAAUGCAGCCAAGUCGUCGGGAUGUCAAGGGGGCACCAAGUCGUACCUCUGGCACCUUCGGCUUGGCCACAUAGGUCACGAUGGACUCAAUUGCAUCGUGACGAAGAACAUUGGAAUUGGCAUCGACAUAUCUUCGGUGAAGAAGUGGGACGUGUGUGAAGGUUGUGCUCUGGGAAAACAGACUCGAGUGCGCUUCCAAUCAAACACUACAGCUCGCACCUCCAAACUCCUCGAAGUGAUUCACAGCGACGUAUGCGGACCGAUGUCGAUGGCAACUUUCAUUGGAAAACGGUACUUCGUGACAUUCAUUGAUGACAAGUCAAGAUACUGUGUCGUCUAUCUGCUCAAGAGCAAAUCUGAAGUUGCGGCGAAGUUCAUGGAAUACGCUGCGAUGGCCGAAACGCAAACCGGAAAGCGCGUGAAGUACCUUCAAAGCGACAAUGGGGGUGAAUACAAGUCCGACAAGCUGGCACGAUUCUGCGCGGAACGGGGAAUACAACAAAGGUUCACACCCCCAUAUACUCCUCAGCUAAACGGAGUAGCUGAGAGAAUGAAUCGCACGCUGGUCGAGUGUGCGCGUUGCAUGAUGGAACACGCUGGACUGGGAAAGAGCUACUGGGGUGAAGCAGUGAUGACGGCGAUGUUUCUUCGAAACCGCUGUCCAACACGUGCCAUUCACCAAGACAAGUCUCCAUAUCAAGUGUGGACGAUGAAGAAACCGAUUCUGGCCAACCUUAAAGUGUUUGGAUGCCACGCGUAUGUUCAAGUGCCUCAAGACAAACACGCGAAGUUCGACUCCAAGUCAUCACUCUGUCGUUUCCUGGGAUACGCCGAACACCAGAAGUCAUAUCGAUUUGAGGAAGUGUCAACAGGAGCGAUCAAGAUCAGUCGCGAUGCCACAUUCAUGGAAGACAAGUUUGAUGAAGGUCCGCGCAACUACAACGAUGAGUCAAGUGUCGUUGUGAUGAACUUUAGACUUCUUGGUCCGAGUGCAAAACGCAAAGUGAAUAUAUAUUUAUAA